CUGCGAGCGGAAGAGUCAAGGUUCAGGAUCUGGAGCCCGUCGGCAGCUUGGGAGUUGGGAGCUCUUUGCACGAGAUGCUGAGUUCCUCCCUGAUCUCCCAAAACAGCACCUGGACAGAGACAUUCUCUCUGCUCUUGGCUCUUGGCGUUGCCCUCUACUUGGGCUACUACUGGGCAUGUGUGCUCCAGAGGCCUCGCCUGGUGGCUGGCCCCCAGUUUCUGGCCUUCCUGGAGCAACACUGUCCCAUCACUGUGGAGACUUUCUACCCCACACUUUGGUGUUUUGAGGGACGGCUACAAACCAUCUUUCGAGUCCUCCUACAGUCUCAGCCCCUAGUUCCUUACCAGAGUAUCUUUGUGUGCCCAUCUCUUCCAAACCACAGUGAAGUCCUCCAAACCCCAGAUGGAGGCCAGCUCCUGCUAGACUGGGCUGAGCAGCACAACAGCAGGCACUACCCUGACCCUACCACCCAGCCCAUUGUGUUGCUGCUUCCUGGCAUCAGUGGCAGUAGCCAGGAGACAUACAUUUUACACCUGGCGAGCCAAGCUUUAAGGGACGGCUACAGGGCUGUUGUAUUUAACAACCGGGGCUGCCGUGGGGAAGAACUGCUGACCCACAGGGCAUACUGUGCCAGCAAUACUGAAGAUCUAGAGACAGUUGUGAACCACAUAAAGCACCGCUACCCUGAAGCUCCAUUGCUGGCCGUGGGCAUCUCUUUUGGAGGGAUACUGGUGCUGAACUACCUGGCACGAACUGGGAAGGAGACUGGGUUGGUGGCAGGACUGACUCUAUCUGCAUGCUGGGAUUCCUUUGAGACCUCUCACUCCUUAGAGACCCCCCUCAACUCACGGCUCUUCAAUCAGCCCCUCACUGCUGGGCUCUGCCGGUUUGUGAACAGAAAUAGAAAGAUGAUUGAAAAGGUGGUGGACGUAGACUUUGUGCUACAGGCCCGCACAAUCCGCCAGCUUGAUGAGCGCUACACAUCUGUGGCCUUUGGGUUUAAAGACUGUGAUGCCUAUUACCAAGCAUCAAGCCCAAGAACCAAGGUCAAUGCUAUCCAGAUUCCUGUGCUCUGCCUCAAUGCAGCAGAUGACCCCUUCUCCCCAGUCCAAGCCUUUCCCCUACAGGCUGCUCAGCGCUCUCCCCAUGUUGCACUGCUCAUCACAGCUCGUGGUGGCCACAUUGGCUUCAUGGAAGGGCUGCUGCCGUGGCAGCACUGCUACAUGAGCCGCCUCUUGCAUCAGUAUGCCAGAGCCAUCUUCCAGCAUCCAGCAGAGCUGACUGACCUAAGGGCACUUCUACCUUCUGAGGACAGAAAGAGCUGACAAGAGUACCUUUGGGAUCUCAGUUCAGUCUUCCCUUGUUUAUUAAAUAUCAACUCUUCUUGCCU